GCAGGGCCGCGGGAGCCGGGCCGGGGCCGCAUCCUGCUGGGGCCGAACUCUCUGAGCCACCACUGCAUGCGGGAUGCGGUUCCCGGAACCCAGCACCGGGCAGGCGGGCCGCGGGCACGUGAGAGACGCUGCGAGUGAGCGCGUGCCCGAGGGGGACGCCGUGCGUGUGAGCGGGACCUUGAGCGUGAGGGGGACUCCAGGAGUGUAAGACUGAGCGUGUGAGGAGGACGCUGCGUGUGUGUGUGUGUCUGUGUGUGUGACUCAGUCUGAGGGUGACCCUGAGUGUGCGAGACGCAGAGUGUGAGGGUGACGCUGUUAGUGUGACGGAGACUCGGUGUGUGUGAGAGAGAGACCCUAGUGUGGAGGUGACUCCGUGAGUGUGAGAGGGACUGAGAGAGGGAGAGUGUGAGAUACUGAGUGUGAGAGAGACCGCCGUCAGAGUGGCCCUGAGUGCGACCCUGUGAACGUGAAAGAGACCGUGUGAGAUACUCCAGUGUGAGUCUGGUGCUGAGAAAGAACCUGUGCUGCGUGGGAGAGACUCUGAAAAUGAGUAAAGGCCCGGGGGACGAGCUUGAGGAUGUGAGCACCUGAGCAGAGCUUCCUGGGGCCGCGGGGAGACUGGCCCAUUGGAGGGAGGACGAGAUUAAUUGGAGACACGUGGAAUUAGGCCUGGCUGUGGAGACUUCAUUUUCUUCUUCGUACCUGACCAUUUAUGAUGAGGUGGCUUAUGAAAGUGUGAUGUUUGCUUAUUUCCUCACAGGCACUUUGGAAGAAGAAAGGUGUUGAAUGAGCAAGCAGCAACGUGGGGAAUGAGGCCAUAGUAAACACAGGUGUGAAGGAACUAUUUGCCAUGGAAGCCAGGGAGCUGGAGAGCCCCACACGCACAUACCAUCUCAUUCCUGAGGCCAGCCGGCCCAGGGAGGAAGAAGAUGUCAGCAUGCUACCUCAGCGGUCCACAGAAACUAUGCAGCUAAAGAAGGAGAUCUCUCUGCUGAAUGGGGUCAGCCUGGUGGUGGGCAACAUGAUCGGCUCAGGAAUCUUUGUCUCACCCAAGGGCGUGCUGGUCUACACUGCCUCCUAUGGGUUGUCGCUGAUCAUAUGGGCCAUUGGUGGGCUUUUCUCCGUUGUGGGUGCCCUUUGCUAUGCAGAACUGGGGACCACCAUCACCAAGUCUGGGGCCAGCUAUGCUUAUAUUCUAGAGGCCUUUGGGGGCUUCAUUGCCUUUAUCCGCCUCUGGGCCUCCCUGCUAAUUGUUGAGCCCACCAGUCAGGCCAUUAUUGCUAUCACCUUUGCCAACUACAUCAUCCAGCCCUCCUUUCCCACCUGCGAGCCCCCGUACCUGGCCUGCCGUCUCCUCGCUGCAGCCUGCAUGUGUCUGCUGACGUUUGUGAACUGUGCCUACGUCAAGUGGGGCACACGUGUGCAGGACACAUUCACUUACGCCAAGGUCCUGGCACUCAUUGCCAUCAUUGUCAUGGGCCUUGUUAAACUGUGCCAGGGACACUCUGAGCACUUUCAGGAUGCCUUUAAGGGUUCCUCCUGGGACUUGGGAGACCUCUCUCUCGCCCUCUACUCUGCCCUCUUCUCUUACUCAGGUUGGGACACCCUUAAUUUUGUAACAGAAGAAAUCAAAAACCCAGAAAGAAAUUUGCCCCUGGCCAUUGGGAUUUCUAUGCCGAUUGUGACACUCAUCUACAUCCUGACCAAUGUGGCCUAUUACACAGUGCUGAGCAUUUCAGAUGUCCUUGGCAGUGAUGCCGUGGCCGUGACAUUUGCUGACCAGACAUUUGGCAUGUUUAGCUGGACCAUUCCCAUUGCUGUUGCCCUGUCCUGCUUUGGGGGCCUCAACGCAUCUAUCUUUGCUUCAUCAAGGUUGUUUUUUGUGGGCUCCCGUGAGGGCCACCUCCCGGACCUUCUAUCCAUGAUCCACGUUGAGCGUUUUACACCCAUCCCUGCUUUAUUGUUCAAUUGCACCAUGACACUCAUCUACCUCACUGUGGAGGAUGUCUUCCUGCUCAUCAACUACUUCAGCUUCAGCUACUGGUUCUUUGUGGGUCUGUCUGUUGCUGGACAGCUCUACCUUCGCUGGAAGGAGCCCGAGCGGCCCCGGCCUCUCAAGCUGAGCCUGUUUUUUCCCAUCGUGUUCUGCGUAUGCUCCUUGUUUCUGGUGGUUGUGCCCCUCUUCAGUGACACCAUCAAUUCCCUCAUUGGCAUCGGGAUUGCCCUCUCUGGGGUCCCCAUCUACUUCCUGGGUGUUUAUCUGCCAGAGUCCCGGAGACCACUCUUUAUUCGGAAUGUCCUUGGUGCUAUCACCAAAGUCACCCAGAAGCUUUGCUUUUGCGUCCUGACUGAGCUAGAUGUAGCUGAAGAGAGACAGGUUGAGAGGAAAACUGAGUAGAGGCCAGAGGUGAUAUCCCCUGAGGCCUGGAAGGCCGCUACCUGUGGCCACAGCCACCGAAGUCCAGAUGACAAGACUGUGUGGACCCAACUCUCUUAUACUCAAGGAGGGCUGUUGGCCCACAUUACAUAAGGGGGCUCAGGGCUGAUGGCCUGCUCAGGUGGUCACUCUCAUCGGUAAGCUAUGGGUCUCAGGGUCUGGGGUCAGCCCGAAGGUAGGGACUUCAGAGGGUGGUGGUGGCGGAGGGCUCGGGGAAUAGGGGAAUGGUUGCUUAGUUUUGUUCCUGGUGAGUAGGUGCAGCCCUUGCAAACACUUACUUGGUGAGCUGCAUUGGGGGAAGAGGGAGUGCUAGGUUAGUAGCUGUGGCUGGUGGUUUCUGAAUUUAUUUGAGGUUUGAACCAGGAGUUUCUACAAAGGGGCUGCUCUAUGGGAAGUUUUCCUCUGACCAGGUCCAAGCAUCUGACAUUAGAGGCCUGAAAUGCUACCAUUUCUUCCUCUGGCUCAAAAUCCUUCCCUGGUGAGAGUUGUAUUCUAUUAUUUAUUGAUAUUAUUUAAUCCAGGACACCAGUUCUAGCAAAGCAUUCGUGUUCAUUAAUCUACAGGAUGCAGUAGGCUGAUUGUGUUUAAAAAUUCAAAGUAUCCCAAAGCAAGUCCCUCUGACUUUAGAGGUGUCUAUGUGGUGGUGGGUCAGACUGACCACAGAUUGUUUUGCUCGGUUUUAGCACAGUCUUCUGUUGAGUCUUACCUGCAGAGGUGAACUUUAGAGAUUUUUUUACUCACGUACCAGUUACACUUCAGUAUACAGAUAGGUCACAUGUUACAAGAACCUUGCUCAAGUUCCACAAGGACAGGUGAAUAAAUUCAUGAGUCAGAGGUCUGGUAAUACUGCUACUUUGAAAGAUAAUCCUUUAUUUUACUUGAGACCUUAGGUCUUUGUUCUAGUUGACAAAAAGCAUAUCCCUGGGUUUCUGGUAUGAACUCUAAGAGGGAAGAAACUGUCCUAGGAUUCAGGUAAAUCACUUGAAUUCUUUCAGCUGUCAAUGGUUUAGAGGACAUCUCCUGGACCCAAAGUGACAAGUAGCUUGUUCCUCUCUGUAAGGGCCGGUAUGAGGGGCUGCUGUGCAGACCCAUGCAAGCCCAUCUUGGUGCUAGAAGUGGUCAUUUUUCUGAAAACCUCACACCAGGCUGCAUCCUCCUCCUCUUCUGUCCCUGACACCAGGCUUUUUUUACACUGAGCCACUUUGGUGUGGACCAUCAGGAUAAUGCACUCAUCUCCUGCCUGCCUCCCCUUGCCUGAGGUCUGGUGGGGCUGCAGUCUCAGGAAAAGCUUGGUACUUUGGAGACUUCUAUUUUCUCUCUGUGGAGAUCAGUGAAGACUCGAAAUAAAGCUGCUUCAACCUCCAUCAGCAGAUUCAUGAUCGGAAGCAACUAAUUCUGGUGCUCAGGCUGUGCUUUAGCACCCAGGUCUGGCCAAAGGGGUAGGUUUGCCCUAAUGGAUGUUCCUUCGUGGGCCACAUGGCUGCACUGGAUUGGACAACUGUCCUGUGAUGCUUCCAGACACCGUCAUCCUGGACCCAGAAGAACCUGCUGGCUUGGUAUGCCCCAUGGGCUUCUUGUCCUUAGGUUUUGAAAUUGGUCAAUGAUAAAGACGGGAACCAUGAGGCAGUCUACCUUUCUGACCAUUCUUCUCCACCAAACCGGCCCCAGUUGCAGACAAGGGACUAACCUUGGUCACACUUGCUCAAUAAAGGCAAUUUAGGGCAGCUCACAGCUGCCUUUGGUUCAGGGCUUGUAUGCAUCUGUGAGAACAUGGGAGUACAUUCCUACUGUCAUGGGUUGGGGAUUUGCCUGACAACAGGGAGCCUUGUGCAAAGGCUGACUUGCCCAGACUGUGUAAACAUGACUCCUGUCUGACCCAAUCUGGCACCUAUCCCAGGGAUCCUCUGGAGCUAAUUCUUCAAGCAGACUGUACUUGUCUUUGAAGGAUCCCUGACCCAGGCUUUAGUCUUCUCUACUGAAGUAAAUGACCAGCUGAUCUUGGGAACUUGUUGCCUCCCAGUGGCUCCAGGGGGAAGCAAGGCCCUCACACUCCAGGUGCCCUAGUACUUGCUUAGUGAGCCCUGUCACCCUCCUCUCAUUACUGGAUGGUGACCGCAUUCUUCCCCUCUGUGCUGGAUACAGACUUCUCCCAGGAAGCCUUCUAAGGGAGGGAUGCCAGAGACUCCUUACAGCACUCAAGCUUCCUAGUGGAAUUAAUUUCUGCAAGGCCUUUGUUGUUUAUCUCCUUCAAUCCUUCUCCUGGUGUGCUAAUCCCUUUUGCGGUGGGUACAGUUUGUGAAGCUGUCAGCCCUUUAAUGUUGGCAAACUAAAUGAGUACAGAAACAGCAGUGAGCACAUUAUAAUGGCAGAGUGGUUUUCAAUCCUUUGUUUCUAUGCUUACAGGAGACUGAGAUGACUAGUAUUAAGAUCUGUAAGUUGCUGCCUGUUAUUGCAGCACUGAAUUGCACCUUAGUGGAUAGUUAGGUUAGGAAACCAAGUCUGUUUGUUGGUUUUAUAACUGCAACAGUAGGGCCCGAGUAUACACACACAUGGAAAUUACUCACUUUGGGAGGUUUAACAACUUGUAGACAAGAAGAUAAAGAUGUACAAAAAAUAUAGAGUGAGGGCCUCCCUGGUGGCGCAGUGGUUGAGAGUCCGCCUGCCGAUGCAGGGGAUACGGGUUCGUGCCCCGGUCUGGGAGGAUCCCAUAUGCCGCGGAGCGGCUGGGCCCGUGAGCCAUGGCCGCUGGGCCUGCGCAUCCGGAGCCUGUGCUCCGCAACGGGAGAGGCCACAACAGUGAGAGGCCCGCAUACCGCAAAAAGAAAAAAAAAAAAAAAAAAAAAGUGAAAUGGGUGCAGGUAGGAUAGAAAAGUAGAGAUGCUUAUGGAAUCUUAGAAUUGGCAGGAAGAAGACAUUUCCUCGUGUAAUUUAUCUUCCCAUAUGAUAAUAAGUCUGUGCCACAGGUCAAGAGGGCACACCUUGAAUCAAAGUUCCUGUAUAUUGUUUCCCUAGACCUGUGCAGUCCAGUAUGGUAGCUACUAGCUACAUGUAGCUAGUUAAAUAAAAUUUAAAAAUUCAAUUCCUCAGUUGCACUAAUCACAUUUCAAGUGCUCAACAGCCAUAUGUGGCUAAUGGCUACUACUGCACAGUGCAGAUAUAGAACCUAUUCGUCACUGCAGAAUUGCCAACUCAGUCAGAGUUAAGGCAUUUGUGGUUUGGAAAGGAAUAGGGAAAGAGAGUGUGCUUACAAGAGAUACCAGUUUUGGUAAAAAAAAUUGGUCCCGUUGACUGUAGUUUGUUUUUGGUGAGUGCUGUGUCUAGUUAAACAUUUCUCAAUGGAAAGCCAAGUUUAGGAUGUACUUUGCUUUUCCUCACUUGCCUUAAGUUCUUAGUGUCUGAAACUUCUCACCAACCCCUCCCCCUUUUUGGUGGGGGGUAAAGGGAUCAGGGAGUAUGGUGGGAAAGCACAUAAGAUAGUCAGAUUUAAAAAGGUUUUAAAGGAAUUACUUGCUCCCCUGUUCAAAGUUAGUUUUUAUUAAAGAGAUUCAUACAUACCCUGUUCCUUGGCACCACUGCCAGAGGAAACUAGCAAUCUUUACAACCAUUAUCAGAGUCAGGAAGCAGGGAGGUAGAGAUAGCUUUUAACUAAAACCCCUCAUGGCUCAGGCAGAUUCUACUUUCUUUCCUAAGGGACCCACUGCAACCCUUGUAGAGUCCCUCUAUCAAAAGAAACAGCCUUUUACUGGAGGCAGGUGGCCUGGGAAAGCCCAGUCUUAGUGCUGACAAAACGGGAGACUCUCUUCCCCUUAAUUGGCUUUGGCAUAGGAUGAGAAUGGGAAUGCAGGUAAAAUGUCUGGGCCAGGAAGCUUCACUUUCACAGCAUCUCCCCUGCCCCCAGACUCUAAGGUCAGUUUUGACUGAGACAAAGGGGGGCCCUACAGAUAGUAGAAAAGACGGACUCCCUUAGUGCAAGUUUUCACCAUGGUGGAAUGGUGCUGUUGGAUAUGCUUUUUCCUUCCACGUGUUAAGCUAGGAAACCCGAGAGGAUGUUAACUAGUGUGGCUGACACUGCAGUCACAGAACCCUCAGGGGCUUGUGGUAGAACCUCAUGGAUAUCACAGGAUCAUCAGUCUGAAUCCAGGUCAUGGGGGCUGUCAUAGCCAAACUCCUUCUGCACAUCCAAAGGGUAUUUGCUCCACAUCUGUGGUCCUCUGUUGUCUCCUUCUUCACUGAGGCUGUUGUAUUCAUCAGAGACUAGAAUGAGAUAACAGGAAUGGGCUCUAACUGUAUGGUUUUCUACAUGACCACAAAAGCCCCUUCCCUUCUCAAAAAAGUCAGUUUUGUUUCCUAUUAUAAAAUACUUGCUCAAUAAAAAAAAUUUAGAAUAUAGAACAAUUUUUUAAAAAGCAAUAAAAUUCUUACCAUGUAAACCAAGUCCUUUAUCAUUGGAGUGCUUUGUCAUUUUCCCCUCAUUUCCCCUUGUUAUAGUUGUAGUCAUAUUGCAAAUAUAAUUUUGUUCCUUGCCA